AUGGGCGAAUUUUCGGUGAGAGCUGAGCCCCCUGGGGAAAAUGCCUCCGAGUCGGCCACCGAGAUCACGGCACAGCGGCAUGCUCUAACCCCAGACUCUCCGGAUUUCGAGCCCAUCCGGUGCAAGUCAACAGCUCGCUCCGAAGCUAACUGUCAAUUUUUCCCUACAACUGAACAGAAGCCCAGCCACCAUCGUCACGGGAACUCGAAAUCGUGCCCUGUCAUGCACAAGUCCGGGCCGAAACGUCAGGGCCAACGAGGGCUCAAGCGACGGCACCACUUCGUGGUCCAAGCUGGUCGAUCAGAGCAGCAGCCGCGAAUGGGUGCCGGCAUGGAUUGGAUUGGGAUUACAGUACUGUACUGUACGUACACAUCCAUAGGUACCCAAUCUGCGUGUGUGUGCAUACCUACAUGGAUGGUCUUCCGUUUACAAAGUCCUUUCAUGUGA